AUGUCCCACCGAAUACCCAUGGAUCACCCGAAAUUCUUUGGCUUUAUCCCCUCUCCCGUUGACGAAAACUCGUAUCUCGGAAACAUGGUGAUGGCCAUGUAUAAUGUUGGAGCAGGAAGCUGGAUCCUGGGCUCGGGAGCCUGCACGGUGCAAGAUGCCCUCAUCCAAUGGUUCGCAGAGCAAGCCGGGCUCCCAUCAUCAGCCGGCGGCAUCUUUGUAUCUGGCGGCUCAAUUGCCAACUUGACGGCAAUUGUCACCGCGCGUGAUGCCAAGUUGCAUUUCGAGCAGAGACACAAGGCAGUCAUCUACGUGUCUGAGCAAACCCAUUCGUCCAUCGCCAAAGGCCUGUCUAUAGUGGGCUUUCACCGAAAGCAAAUUCGUCGCGUCGAUCACGAUUUGAGUUACAGGAUUAAGCCUACAAGCCUACUGCAAGAGAUUGAAAGGGAUAAAAAGAGCGGCUUGGUACCCUUUAUGGUCGUGGCAACUUGCGGCAUUACCAACACCGGAGGCAUUGACGAUCUGAACGCUCUGGCCGAUAUAGCCGAGUCCGAAAACCUGUGGUUCCAUGUUGACGGAGCAUAUGGAGCUUCGGUGCUUCUUUCGAAAUCACAUAGACAUUGUGCGGAUGGGACCGGUCGCGCCGACAGCCUGACCUGGGACGCACACAAAUGGCUCUUUCAGACUUACGACUGCGGGCUGCUUCUGGUCAGAGACAAACGCCAUCUCAUCGAAAGCUUUGCCACGGAUGCUUCGUACAUCAAGGACGCAGCAGAGGCUUCCUCAGAUAGAGUCAACUUUUGGAACCGAGGGAUUGAGAUGACUCAACCCGCUCGAGGCAUGAAGCUCUGGUUCACUCUCCAGAGAUUGGGCCUCGACAAGGUAGGGGAAAUGAUUGAUCACGGAAUCGACCUCGCAGAGUUUGCGGAAGGGGUCUUGCGAGGCUUUGACAACUGGGAGAUUAUCUCACCAGCACAAUUGGGAAUUAUCAAUUUUCGUUACGUUCCUCCCAUCUCACAGCCUUCUGACGGGAACUUUGAUCCCGACGACUACUGCGACAAGGUAAAUACAGAAAUAUCGCGGCUAGCAGUGGAGCGAGACAUUGCUGCGCCGAUGACGACGAGGCUCGGCAAGGUCUUGAACCUGCGAAUGUGCAUCAUCUCUCCCCAACUGACCAGGAAUGAGCUAUUCGGGGUUAUGCAAAGUCUAGACGCCAUUGCGAAGGAAGUCUCGGCCUCUUUGCUUCACAAGAAGAUGUUCAAAAUGUGA